CUCUUUAUCAAAUGUCAAGCACUCGCCCCGACUUGAAAUUCUCCGACACUGUGGAUGAGCGGCUGUUUUACAGAAAGUUUAACAGCUUGGUUCCCAAGGAAAACGCGUCCAUUGUUCGAAUUAUUGACCACAAAGAUUAUUUUUCUGUUCUUGGAGAGGACGCGAUCUUGAUAGCGGAGGCUAUCUACAAAACUCUGCUGGUGAUCAAAACUUCCAACUCUGUGAACUAUGUGACGUUUUCACCGCAAGUGUUUUCAUCGGUUUUGAGAUUUUGCUUAGUGGCGAACUCCUAUAAAGUCGAAAUCUACAACAAAAUGUUUGCUCUCAUUCUCACCGCCACCCCCGGAAACUUGGAGGGGUUGGCACAGGAGUAUGGGGUCGAUUUGGAAGCUAUGUUGAAUGACGGGUCUGUGCCGAUGGUUGCGAGUGUAAAGUUUGUAUCGAACGCAUCAUCUAAAAAGGUUGGUGUGAGCUUAGUCGACUUGUCAAAUAAAUCGAUACAGCUCUCCGAGUUCGAGGACAACGAUUUGUUUUCCAAUCUUGAACUGUUGCUUUUGCAGGUAAAUGUGAAAGAAGUCAUUCUCCCAUCAUCUUACAACCCUGAAGACCAGUCCACUCCCGAUGUCAUAAAGUUGUUCCAGGUUCUCAAUAAAGUUGGUGGCUUGGUCAUUGGCUCGGUCAAGCAAACAUAUUUUUCAACAAAAGACAUCGAUCAGGACUUGUCCAAGAUUGUGGUCUCAGAAAAUGUCGAGUCUGAUGUGAAUAAUAAUGUCGAGCUUAUUUUGGCGUCAAAAGGCAUUAGCUCCACAGAGGAUUCCCUCUCGCUCUCCUGUUGCAGCUCGCUUAUUCAUUAUCUCAACUUGUUGGGUGAUGACACAACUUCAUUCACAAUUGGAAAAUACCUGGUUUCAGAGUACAUGAAGAUAGACUCCUCUACAAUGAAAGCUUUGAACAUCUUCCCGACACUGCAGGCAACUGAAAUGGUUGGUGCGAAAAGCAAGUCCAUUACAUCGAUUUUUGGUCUUUUGAACAAGUGUAAGACUUCUGCGGGGACGAGGUUGCUUUCACAAUGGCUCAAACAACCGCUCACAGAUUUGGAGCAAAUUUCAGAGAGACACUCGUUAGUCGGACAUUUUAUUGCGGACACAAGCUUGAGAGUCUUUGUGUCUCAAGAAUGGCUCUCGCAAGUUCCAGAUAUCAAACGGCUCAUAAAGAAGGUGGCCUUAGGCAUAAAAAGACCCUCAUCUUCCGAAAACAAAAAAAUGGAAGAUGUUGUUAGACUUUACCAACUUGUCAGGAUUAUUCCUGAACUUCUCAAAAUGCUUCAAAUGUCUGUUGAGGAUUGCGAGAAUGAAAAUGUCAAGCUGUUGGUCCAGAAAAAUUGGCAUGUGCCAAUUCUGGCACAUCACGAGUCCUUGCUCAAAUUCCAGGAGCUCGUGGAGACCACUAUCGACUUAACGCCUUUAGAGUCAUUUUCCGCACACGCUUUUCUACACACAGAUUUCAACAUUAAACCAGAGUUUGAUGAGUCUCUUAUCACGAUUAAUGAGAACUUACAAUCAACCUCCAGUAAGAUCAAGAUCGUCCACGAGGAAGUUGCUGACGAUUUGAAUAUCGACAUGGAAAAGAGAUUGAAGUUGGAAAAACAUCAGCAACAUGGUUGGUGUUUUAGGGUCACAAGAAUCGACUCCAACGUUCUCAGGAAUACUGGCGAUAGAUAUAUUGAAUUGCAGACUGUGAAGGCGGGUGUGUUCUUCACAACCAAGAAACUAAGAACGCUUUCGCAGAACUACACCGACUUUUCCAAUGAGUACAAUAGCAAACAAAAAGAAUUGAUAAAGGAGAUUCUCUCGAUCACAUUAACAUAUCAGACUGUGUUUUUGAAAUUAUCUUUGGCACUCAGCAGCCUUGACGUCAUAUCUUCGUUUGCAAAUGUUGCAAUAUUUGCACCAACCCCUUUGGUGAAACCAAAGUUGCAUAGGAUGGCCGACUCCGUGAAAUCAAAGGACUUUGAGAACAGGCGAAUUAGACUCAAAGAAGCUCGUCACCCCGUUCUCGAGGUUCAAGAUGAAGUUAAUUUCAUACCGAAUGAUGUUUCAUUGGCGAAUACUGAUGGAAGCCCAUUUGUUAUAAUAACAGGCCCCAAUAUGGGUGGAAAGUCUACCUAUAUCAGGCAAAUUGGUGUGAUCUCUCUCAUGAACCAAGUGGGUUCUUAUGUGCCGGUGCUGGAUGAAAAUGAAGAACCAGAGCUUCCAAUAUUCGACGCAAUUUUGUCUCGUGUCGGAGCAGGUGACUCACAACUAAAGGGAUUGUCAACUUUCAUGAUCGAAAUGCUUGAGACGUCUUCGAUAUUAGCUUCUGCAACGCACAACUCUUUGAUUAUUAUUGAUGAAUUAGGAAGAGGAACGAGCACAUAUGAUGGGUUUGGGUUGGCAUGGUCAAUUAGUGAACAUCUUAUAACGGAAAAGAAUUGCUUCACCCUAUUUGCCACCCACUUUCAUGAGCUCACAAAGCUUUCCGAAAAACAUAAGGGGAAAGUUCAAAAUUUGCACGUCGUGGCACACAUUGAGAAAGAUGACCAGGGAGAUCCAGAGGAUGAUGACAUCACAUUGAUGUUCAAGGUUGAACCAGGAAUUUCAGACAAAUCUUUUGGAAUCCACGUUGCAGAGCUUGUCAAGUUUCCAUCCAAGAUCAUAAACAUGGCUAAAAGAAAAGCGUCUGAGUUACAAAACAUCAGCGUUGGAUCAGACACGGAUCCUUACGUGAGUAGCAAGAGAACAAAAUGCAACAACGAAGAAAUUGCAAAGGGCCUCGAGAAACUCAAGAAAAUUCUAACUGAGUGGCGAGCACACUGUGUCGAUUCCAAUCAGCAUUGCAGCAUAUCUUCCGAGGAGGCAAUUCAAAAACUUAGACAAUUGAUUGAUACUCAACACAAAGACAGCAAAGAUGAAAAGUUCAUCGCAGAAAUACUUACGAUGUUGUGAGUUAUCUGAUGGUGAUAUUUUCGCUGAAUUGGCGUAUAUACUGGUUUUGUUAGAUCGAAUGUCGAAAUUACCAAUUCUCGUCUAGUCUGAAUCGUAGUAUCAGCUCAAACCUCUCCUUUUCAUAUUUCUUUUUUGUAUCUUGCAGACUUGAAAGCAUUCAAUCCUGUCGGAUUUUUAAGGACAACCACGGGCAAGAAGCAUUUUCGUUCAAGCAGAUAAAAUCUUUGAGUUCCGGUCAACCAACAUCUCAAAUAUUCCUCGUAGACUAGGUAGAAGUACACUCCGGUUCCUGUAAGAAGAUGCCACCAACCAUGACCCUCCAACAAAAACCCAUAUGGCAUUCCUACCUCACGUCUGGCAGCUCUUGCAUAUUCACAGAGAUGUAUGUCCAUGUUCCAAAGAAUAUACCCUAAAC